AUGGUUCAUCGUAACUGCUUGGAUCUACCACGCGUGAUAAGGAUCUCAUGCCAUGAACACCGAAUCUCUAGGAAACUAUAUCUUCCUCCAGGGAGACGAUUAUGUGGAGUUUGUCACUUGGAGGUUGAUCCCAGGUAUGGAGCCUUUCUCUGCACUAAAAGUUGCGAUUAUGCGGUCCAUACGCUAUGUGCAACAUUGGAGAAUGUUUGGGACGGGAGCGAACUUGAAGAUGUCCCUGAAGAUGUGGAUGAGCUUCAAGAUGUGGAGCCAUAUGAGGUUAUAGACGACAACCUCAUCAAACAUUUCAGCCAUAAACAUCAUCUGAGAUUCGUUCUCAAUCUGGAUGGUGAUAAAACUAGUCGUUGCCAAGCGUGUAACCUUCUUAUCGAGUUUGAGAACUUGUACACGUGUGAUCACUGCGAUUUCAUCCUUCACCAAGAAUGUGCCAACUUUCGAAAGAGGAGAUGGCACCCGCUGCAUCGUCACCCGCUUACUCUAAAAGCUGAUGAUAACAUGACCGUGUACUCUCCCCACAGGGCCCGCAGUGGAUUCUACUCCUGUUCUAUGUGUACUCGGUUCUCUAGCGGUUUUAGGUACGUCUGUGAAAAAGAGAAUUGUCAUUUGGAAGUAGAUGUACGGUGUGUUGCAAUACCUGAGAAGCUCAACCAUAAAUGUCAUCCACAUCCUCUGUUCGUUUGUUUGAUGAACACAAGUAGCUUAACAUGUGGGAAUUGCAGGAAAGAAUCAUACAUAGUUCUAUAUUGUCUACAAUGCCCCAACUACUUCAUGUGUUUCGAAUGUGCUACUUUACCAGAUAAAGUAUUAUACAAGCACGACAAACAUCCUCUCAUCCUCUGUUGCGGUGAAGAAGAAGAAGAAGAAGAGGACGCGAAAGAAGGUCACUACUGGUGUGAAACCUGCGAAACAAAAUUAGAUCCCAAGCAAUGGUUUUACAAUUGUAACGAUUGUGGGGUCACUCUACACAUUCCAUGUUUGCUUGGAACCUACCCAUAUUUCAAGCCUGGUCCAAUCAUGAUCAAAGCCGCUCGUCUCAACGAGGAAGUUGAAACGAUUUGGCACGAUACUCCUACUGAACUUCUUGAGUGUUACAUUGAGGAAAUUCCUAUUCGAUUUGAGGAUGACUUGGACAUUAUUGCCAACAAUACUCUUAGUCGACCUUUGUGUUGUCAUUGCGACCGUCGCUGUCAGGAUUCUGUAGCUUUAAAGCAGGAACAAGACUUCUAUUGUUCCUUCGAUUGUCUCUGCAAUCGGAAACUUUACCAUGAUUCUGUUAUCUUCCCUAAACUUAAGUAA